AUGGGAAAAGACACCUUUGAGCUCGCUGGCCGCGAGUGGCCCAAAGUAACAUGGUGGAAGAUGAAGGGGAUGCGAUUUGUGUAUCUCACUUUGUGGGCUGCUAUGAUUACAUCGGCUACAAACGGUUACGACGGUUCUUUGAUGAAUGGUCUGGAGGCAAUGGACUCUUGGAAAGCGUCCUACCACUAUCCUUCCAGCAGUACUCUAGGUUUACUGACAGCAGCUAUGUCAAUUGGAUCAAUGUUGGCAAUCCCAGUGGUUCCCUAUGUUGCUGAUGUUCUGGGAAGGCGAGCUGGCGUUGUCAUUGGCUGCGUGAUCAUGUUGUUUGGGGUCGCCAUGGUCUCCAUCGGAUACCGUGUUGCUCUCUUUGUCGUGGGACGUAUUAUCCUCGGAUUUGGUCUUGGUAUUGCUCAGGAAUGCUCUCCUCUUCUAGUGGCUGAGCUCGUCCAUCCGCAACACCGAGCAAUCUACAGUACCAUCUACAACUCGCUUUGGUAUAUCGGUAGCUUAAUUGGCGCAUGCGUUGCCCUGGGUACAAAUCACAUCCAACACAGUGCGUGGUCCUGGCGUGUACCUUGUCUUUUGCAGGGUAUUCCGUCCAUCUGCCAGCUUGUUUUUAUCUGGACUGUACCAGAGUCUCCUCGUUGGCUUAUUUCGAAGGGUAAACAUGCUAAAGCGAAGCGGGUCCUGGCUUAUGUCCAUGCUCAAGGCGAUGAAGACGAUGAGCUGGUGAAUGUCGAGUUUGAGGAGAUUCAGCAGACUAUCGCCCUGGAGAAGGAGUUUGAAGGUAACUCUUGGUCUGAACUAUGGUCGACUCCUGGAAACCGACACCGCUCUAUCAUUUUGAUCUCUAUUGGUUUCUUCUCACAAUGGUCUGGUAAUGGUAUUGUUUCUUACUUCCUGCCUCAGGUCCUCAAACUCAUCGGAAUCACGAACAGCAACACUGUCCUGACUAUCAACUCAAUCCUCAAUGCUGUCAACGUCGUUUCGGCCACCGGUAUAUGCUUCUUUGUCGACAAGUUCGGUCGACGCAAACUUUUCCUGACCUCCUGCGCUGGCAUGAUUUCCUGCUUUGUUGCCACUACUAUUGCCCUGGCUCGUUUCCAAAUAGACCACGACGCUGGCAAGGGCACAAACCAGAACGCCGCAAAUACAGUUAUUGUUUUCAUAUUCUUGUUCUACAUCUCCUACAAUAUCGGCUUCAGCGGUAUGCUUGUAUCUUACUCUUCUGAGAUUCUGCCUUAUCGCCUCCGUGCCAAGGGUCUCACUCUCAUGUUCUUCUGCGUUGAUUUGAGUUUGUGGUUCAAUCAAUACGUGAACCCAAUUGCUCUCGAUGCUAUCCACUGGAAGUACUACAUCGUAUAUUGUGUGUGGUUGGUGUUUGAGACUCUUGUUGUUUGGAAAUUCUAUAUCGAAACCAAGGAGACACCUUUGGAAGAGAUUGCUAGAUUCUUUGAUGGCGACGGAGCUAUUGUUGGAGGUGGUGCUGCUACGGAAAAGACUCGUCAGCUGGCUAGCACUUUGGACGGUCCUGAAGCUCAUGACUCCGAGAAAGUCAUCGCAACGCAGACUGAGAUUGUGGGAUGA